CUCCCGGCAGCCCGUGCCGGCAUGGCGGCGCCUGGCGCCUAGGGCCGCACGUGUGGGACUCGCUGUGGCGCUCCCGCCGCCGCCAGCGCCACCAUGAAGAGCAAGCCCACGGCCCACAAGUCGGGCAACACGCACCGGUUUCUUACCUUCUCGGAGCGUCUGAGCAACAUUAAUAUUGAUAUUAUUCAUCGGAUUGACAGAACUGGGAGCUAUGCUGAGGAGGUUGAAACCUACUUUUUCGAAGGACUGCGGAAAUGGAAGGAGCUGAACCUCACUCGCCAUUUUGUGCAAUUCUAUAAUGAAGUGGCCAACAAAUGCCAGUCCUUCAACCAGCUGGUUUAUUACCAAAGUGCUGUUGUGCAGAGCUUGAAGACACAUCUGCAAGUCGAAGGCAGUCUUGCUUACCAACCCCUGUUAAAUCUAGUGGUGCAGCUGGCUCGAGAUCUUCAGGCUGACUUCUAUCCUCACUUUCAUGACUUCUUCCUGGCCAUCACCAAAUUGUUGGAUACACAGGAUACAGAGCUGCUAGAAUGGGCUUUCACCUCUCUUUCCUAUCUCUACAAGUAUUUGUGGAGAUUGAUGGUGAAAGACAUACACAAUAUAUACAGCCUGUACAGCACCCUGCUGGCUCACCACAAACUCCACAUCAGAAACUUUGCUGCUGAAAGUUUUGUCUUUCUAAUGAGAAAGGUUUCUGAUAAAAAUGAACUCUUCAAUUUAAUGCUCCGUGACCUGGGGGAGCACCCUGAAAAGGUGGAAGGUGUAGGACAGCUGCUUUUUGAGAUGUGCAAGGGUGUUCGAAACAUGUUCCACUCCUGUGCAGAGACGGCUAUGAAGUUAAUUCUGGUGAAGCUGGGGCCUAUGACCGAAGAAGAAAUUGAGCUACCAUGGGUAGCUGUUGGAGAAGCCUUCAAGCAAAUGAUCAGAUCAGCUGCAGUGCAUAUCCAUAAGGAGCAUUUUGACAUUGUCUUCAAGUGCCUGGAGGAGUCACUCCUAGAUUUGCAGAGGAAAAUAACGAAGGUCAACUGCUCUGUGGCUUCAGAGCAAAUGGAAAGGAUUCUGCAAGCUUAUCUGAUCUUAGUGGAACAUGCAAAUGGAUCUAAAAUCUCACUGCCUGAAGAUGUCUGUCAGGUUUUAAUAAAAAUGUUACAGACACCAUAUCUCUCAUCAUCUUGCUGCAAGAUGCUGCUGAAUGCCAUUUCUGCAUUCCUGCUGGCGGAAAAUGUUUUGUUGCCAGAUUCUUUGACCAAGGAAGCUAUUCAGAAGGUAUUUGCAAGUAAAUUUGAACGGCAUUUUCUUUUGGACUUCUCUGAAGCGAUGUUUACAAUGAAGCAAUUUGAGAGGCAUUUUCUCCCAUGCUUUCUAGAAUACAUUGAACAUUGCUUCUCUGGCACAGAUGCCAUUGCAAAGGAUGAGGCCGUGGCAAUGCUGGCUAAACUCAUUUUGGUGAAAGCAGAGCCUCCUACCAUUGGUUCAAUGGCAUUUGAAAAGUAUCCUCUUGUCUUCACUGAAGCAUCUGUCAGCUCUAAUACAAGGCAACAAACAAGUAAAAGACAAGGAGGAAAGGCAGGAGUACCAGUGUUGGAUCACGUACUGUCUUUAAUGCAUUUACCAGAGAAGGAAGACAUCACUGACCUUUCACAGUCUUGGGUUGCCUUGGUUGUACUACCACAUAUUAGACCAAUGAACAAAGAUGACAUUCUGCCUCAUGUGACGAGUUUUAUAGACUCUCUCUUCACAGCCAUUGACAAAGGAAGCCUCUGCAAAGGAAACCUGUUUGUGGCCUGCCAAGCUGUAAGUACUCUACUUAGUUUGGUGGAAUCUGCUGAAGUACUCAAUUUGUUACCUGUGGAGCGUGUCAAGAGCUUGGUGACCACUUUCCCUUCAGACCCCUCUGCAUUGCUGUUGGCUGAUCUCUAUUACACGAGGCUGGCAUUAUGUGGCUGCCAGGAGCCCCUUUCCCAAAAGAACCUAAUGGACUUGUUUGAGAAAUUGCAUCCUAAUAUUUCCACUGGUGUUUCCAAGGUCCGGCUGUUGACAGUUCGAAUUCUAAACCAUUUUGAUAAUCCACCUUCUGCACAGAUUGAGGGUGAUGGCACAGGGGAAUUCCAGCCAGUAUUUGCCAUAUUGCUCCAAGCAGAACUUGUGCCAGCAACAGUGAAUGAUUACAGAGAAAAACUUCUCCAUUUGAGGAAACUAAGAUGUGACAUAGUGCAGCCUGCAAUACCAAGUGGAUCUUUGCAGGAGGUGCCUCUUCGGUAUUUACUAGGAAUGCUGUAUAUUAACUUCAGCCCUCUCUGGGAUCCUGUAAUUGAACUUAUAACUUCUCAUGCAAAGGAAAUGGAGAAUAAACAGUUCUGGAAGGUCCUGUAUGAGCAUUUGGAGAGGGCUGCUAGCUAUGCUGAAAUGGAGCUACAAUAUGAAUUAGAUGAACAGGAGGAGAGCAUUGCUGAGACAGAAAGUGAGAAGAUGCCAGAAGGUGAGGUGGGGACUGUCUUUCUGGAGCAGCUGAGGAGUAGAACAGAUUGCAGUGAGCGGCUGGACCACACCAAUUAUCGGUUCCUACUUUGGAAAGCACUGGAUAAGUUUCCAGACAGAGUGGAGCCUCGGUCGAGGGAGCUUUCCCCACUUCUUUUGAGAUUCAUUAGAAAUGAGUACUACCCAGCAGAUUCCUUAGUGGCUCCAUCUCAGGAUCUCAGAAGGAAAAUAAGUGGUACCAUAGCAGCAAAACAAAUACCCACUGAAGAGGUGAAUGAUGUUGCUAUGGAGGAGGAGGAGGAGGAAGAAGAAAAGGAAGAAGGGGAACCAAUUAGUAUAGGAGUACCAAAAAAGAAAACAAGAAGAGCUGCUGCUAAGCAACUAAUAGCCCACUUACAAGUUUUCUCAAAAUUCUCAAAUCCUCGUGCGCUGUAUCUGGAACAGAAGUUGAAUGCCUUGUAUACCCAGUUGCUGUCUCAUCAAGACCAGAAUGUACAGAGAAUAGCUCUUGACUGUAUAAUGACAUACAAACAUCCUCAUCUACUGCCAUACAGGGAGAACUUGCAAAGGCUACUGGAGGACAAGAGCUUUAAAGAAGAGAUAGUCCAUUUCAGUAUUUCUGAAGAGACCGCAGUAGUAAAAACAGAGCAUCGACCAGAUCUCAUCCCUGUUCUUAUGAGAAUUCUCUAUGGCAGAAUGAGAAACAAAACAGGGAGCAAAACACAGGGCAAGUCUUCAGCGAGCACUCGCAUGUCGAUCGUGCUGCGAUUUCUGGCCGGCUCGCUGCCAGAAGAGAUACGGAUGUUCUUGGAUCUACUCUUUGAAGCUGUGAAGCAAUUCAGUAAUGGGCCUUGCCAGACUGCAGUCCUUCAAAGUAUGAAAGAGCUGGAUUUAGCUAAAGUCCUGCCUCUUGGGCGUCAGCAUAGCCUCUUUAAUGGUCUUGAGGUUGUGUUGAAAAACAUGGGACAUUUGAUCCAGCAAUACCUGCCUGAAAUUCUACAGAUUCUGCUCUGCAUGACUGCAGUGGUAUCCUGCAUCCUCCAGCAAAGAGAGAAGGUCCAACCUAGGUUGAUUAAUCCACUGAAGAAUUUGAGACGUCUUGGUCUCAAGCUUGUGGCAGAGUUUUUUUCUGAUUAUGAGACCUACGGCUUUAGUGUGGAAGAGAUUGAUGCAGUUUUCCAUGCUGUGGUAUGGCCUCAGGUCUGCAGAUUGGCUUCAGAGAGUCAGUAUUCUCCAACUUUUCUGCUCAAACUCAUUCACACCUGGAGUAAGAACCCCAGGUAUUUCCCUUUGCUGGCCAAGCAGCAGCCAGAUCAUCCAGAGAGUGAUAUACUGACAAAUGUUUUUGCUGUGCUGUCAGCCAAGAAUCUGUCUGAGGCCACAUCCAGCCUUGUGAUGGACAUUGCUGAUAGCCUUCUCAACAGCCCAGAUUUUGAACCCACAGAGCAGGUUUCCAGUUUGAGCGUGACUGACUGUGUUGUCAUGGCCACUGGAGACGUGACAGAAGGGUUGGAUCUCCCUUCUGUUUCUUGGAGCAGCGUUUCUUGGGUGUUGCUAGCUGUUGUAUCUCUUACAGAGCCCCUCAGCCUAGGUUGCCGGUUGGUCCUGCCUCAUGUUCCUGCCAUACUGCAGUACUUCAGCAAAACAAUGUUGAAUGUGGAGAAGGUGAAAAAGAAGAAGUACAGAGCUCAAGUCAGCAAAGAGCUGAGUAUACUUUCCAAGAUCAGCAAAUUCAUACAAGAAAAGAGCCAGAAUUCAGUGCUUGUGAGCCUUCUCAUCCCUUUCCUUUAUCAGACUAACAUGGAGCAGGGUACACAAAUUGACAUUCUGGAGACAGUGCAGAACUUGCUGAGGCAUUGCUCAAACCCUAUGAGCUUUCUCAAACCACUGGCAAAGCUUUUUUCUGUCAUCCAGAACAAAUUGUCUCGAAAUAAGUUGUGCUUGGUAUUUCAGACUUUAUCUGACUUGGACGCUAAGCUGAAGUAUAUUACUGAUGUUGUUAAGCUGAAUGCCUUUGAUCAGCGACAUCUGGAUGAUAUCGACUUCGAUGUGCGUCUGUCAGCAUUUCAGUCAAUCACAGCCCACAUCAAGGAAAUGCAAACAGUGGAUACUGACUUCCUCAUCCCUGUUAUGCACAACUGCUUCUAUACCAUCCAGCUCGGGGAUAUGGCUCUCAGUGACAACGCAAGCCUUUGCUUGACCAGUUUCAUCCACCGACUGGCAGAGAUCAGCCACACAGAAGAUGAGUACAAGGAGCUAAUCCAGCACACUCUCCUGGAGUCCAUCAGAAGGGGUCUGAAGAGUAAGACUGAGAGCAUCCAGCAGGACUACACAUCACUGCUUUCCUGCCUCAUUCAGACAUUCCCAACAAAUCCCGAAUUCCAGGAUUUGGUCCAGCUGACCAACCGCCAUGAUCCUGACAUGGACUUCUUUGAGAACAUGAAACACAUGCAGAUCCACAGGAGAGCACGAGCUCUGAGGAAACUGGCAAAGCAGCUCACUGAAGAAAAGCUUGUGCUGUCUUCUAAAUCCCUCCAGAACUACAUCAUGCCUUAUGCUACCACUGCAAUUUUCAGUGAAAAAAUGCUUAAGCAUGAAAAUAUGGUAACAGCCUCAGUUGAAGUUGUUGGAGCUGUCUGCCGACAUCUUUCGUGGUCAGCCUAUUUGUACCACUUAAAGCACUUCAUCCAUGUCUUGCAAACAGGACAGAUCGGUACGAAGCUGGGAGUCAGCUUGUUAGAGACAGUUCUGGAAGCCUUUCACUUUGACCAUAAAACACUUGAAAAGCAGCUUGUGACCAUUGACAACCAAGAAGCUGCUGCCAUGGACCUUGAGCCAGUGGUGGAGGCUGAAGAAGCCAUGGAGCUGGAGCAGAGUGAAGGGGAAGAGGAGGAGGUUGAAGAAAAGAAUGGGAAGAAUCUCUCUGAGAAGCCAGUAGAACCUGAGCAAGCAGCUGAGCCAUCUGAAAAUGCUGAACAAGUGCCAAAACCUGUUUCAUUCUUACCCCGAAAUAAAGAGGAGCUUCAGUGUCUGAUCAAACACAUUCAAGAAACAGUUACAGUCAACAUCUUGCCUAAAUUGCACAGGUGUAUUGUUGCAAAGGUUAAAAGAGACGAGGAGCACAAGCUUGUGAAAUCCAAUGUUGUGAAUGAUGAUGAGGUAGUUCGUGUUCCAUUAGCUUUUGCAAUGGUCAGAAUGAUGCAGUGUCUUCCCCAGGAAGUGAUGGAAGCUAACUUACCAAGCAUCCUGCUGAAGGUCUGCACAUUCCUGAGAAACAGAUUUCAGGAAAUACGGGACAUUGCCCGCAACACCCUCAUUAAAAUCAUGGAAGUGUUGGGAGUGCACUACCUUCUGUAUAUCUUAAAGGAGAUGCAGUCUGCCCUCAUCCAUGGCUACCAGCUCCAUGUGCUGACUUUCACUGUGAACCUGUUACUGAAGGGCCUUACUACCAGGCUCAGUGCUGGUGAUCUGGACCCCUGCUUAGAUAUCCUGAUUGAGAUUUUCAACCAAGAGUUGUUUGGGAAUGUAGCUGAAGAGAAAGAAGUGAAGGGAAUUGUCUCCAAGAUCAUGGAAGCACGCAAAAACAAGAGCUACGAUUCCUAUGAAAUUCUUGGGAAGUUCAUAGGAAGGGGCCAGGUGACAAAACUUAUUCUGCCACUGAAGGAGACUCUGGAGAGCACUACAAGCUUGAAGAUAGUCCGGAAGGUGCAUGAGGCACUGCGUCACAUCAUGGCAGGGCUCAUCUUCAACUCAGACAUGAAUGCAGAGUCCCUCCUCCUCCUCAGUUAUGGUCUCAUCAGUGAAAAUUUGCCUCUGCUCACUGAGAAGGCCAAGAAGAAAGCUACCCCUCCUCCAGACCCUCGGCUGCAACCAGAGAGCUGCCUGCUGCUCCAGCCCACUCCCACAAGAGGAGGGCAGAAAGCUCGUGUCAGCAGCAGGACUAACACAUAUAUCCUGGUUGAUUCAGGACUUAGGCUACUGCACAUGAGCCUGAAGAGAUCCAAAGUAAAUUCUUCUGAGGAACAGGCCUUGGAAAUGUUAGACCCUUUUGUUCAGCUGCUUAUAGACUGCCUGAAAUCUAUGGAUGUCAAGGUGAUAACUGGUGCUCUGCAGUCCUUGGUAUGGAUUUUAAAGUUCCCUUUGCCUUCUGUCAGUACAAAUAUGGAGGCACUGAUCAAGCAGCUUUUCCUCUUGCUGAAAGAGUUUGCCAAGACAGGAAUAGCCAAAGGCCAGAAUUUCCACCUGGUUGUGAGCUGUUUCAAAUGUGUAACAAUACUUGUGAAGAAUGCAAAGAGUCAGAUAACAAGCAAACAGCUCCAAGUGUUGCUUGGCUUUGCUGAAGAAGACAUUUAUGAUUCAUCACGCCAAGCCACUGCCUUUGGCCUUCUCAAGGCUAUUUUAUCCAGGAAGCUGAUUGUCCCUGAAAUUGAUGAUGUGCUGCAGAAGGUUGCCCAGCUGGCCAUCACGGGUCAGAGUGAGCCAGUGCGAGUCCAGUGCAGGCAGAUUUACUUAAAAUACAUUCUGGAUUACCCUCUUGGUGACAAACUGAAACCCAAUUUGGAUUUCAUGCUCGCACAGCUGGAGUAUGAGUAUGAAACUGGGAGGGAAUCUGCACUGGAGAUGAUUGUGUACCUCCUUGACACAUUCCCACAGGAUCUCCUGCACAAAUACUGUGGGCUGUUUUUUCUCUCUCUUUGUAUGAUGAUGAUAAAUGAUGACUCAGCCAAAUGCAAAAAGAUGGCAGCUUUGACGUGUAAAUCUCUUCUCCGUAAGAUCAGCAAUGAAAAGCAAGAUCUGAUGUUUUCACUGGUCACUGAGUGGUUUCACAGCAAAAAGAGCUCACACAGGAGGUUGGCUGCCCAGGCAUGCGGUUUGUUUGUUGAAGUGGACGGAGUGAUGUUUGAACGGCGGCUUGCAGCAGUCCUCACUUUGAUCGAAAAAGAAAUCAACCCAAGUAGGUUUGAAAAUAUAACUGAAGAAGAAGAGGAGAAGGCUGCAGAUAGGCUGCUAUUCAGCUUUCUUGUGCUGGUAAAAAAGCUAAUCACAGAGUGCAACUUGAUUCAGUUAACCAGGAACAGUGAUGUUGUGAGCAGGAUCUGGGAUCAUGUCCAGUCUCACCUGUGGUAUCCUCAUAGCUGGGUCUGGCUGACAGCCACUGAGAUCUUUGGCUUGUUGUUUGCAUCUUAUAAGCCAGAAGAUCUUGUCAACAAAUGGAAGGAAAGAAAGUCAGGGAAGAGAAAAAAGACACCAGCAGAGCUGUCUGCAUCCAUAGUCUUCUUGACUGCUGAACUGGACAAAAAGAUGAAGGAACUCGCGUUUGCAUUCUGCCAUCAGCUGCAGUCCAAGUUCCUGGACAUGUCUCUGAGUGAGCAGGUUAUAAAGAAUUUACUUUUUGUGGCCAAAGUUGUUUACUUGCUAGCCCCUGCCUCAGAAGAAGGUAAAGAGGCAGAUGGAGAGCUCAGGUGUGAACUGGAAGAGCAGGAGGUCUCAGAGGAUGAGAGAGAUACUUCUGCUCAAGGAGAGGAAGAAAGAGAGGACACACAAGAGAAAGGCCAGCCAGCCACACUGCUGUGGUUGAUGAAGAAGCUCUGUGUCAUGGUGAAGAGAGAAGCAGCAUAUUCCCCUAAGAUCCCUUUAAAGAGAAGCUGCAUCUUUAAGUUCCUGGGAGCAAUCUCAGUGGAUCUGGGGCAAGACAGGAUCAAGCCCUACCUUCCAACAAUUCUCAGCCCUCUGUACAGGGAGCUGAACAGCAACUAUGCAGAGCAAGAUCCAACACUGAAGAACCUUUCCCAAGAAAUCAUAGAACUUCUCAAGAAGUUAGUGGGGCUGGAGGCAUUUUCGCUGGCCUUUUCUUCUGUGCAGAAACAGGCCAACCAGAAAAGAGCAAUGAGGAAAAAGCAGAGGGCUUUGCAGACUGUAGCAAAUCCUGACAUUGCUGCAAGGAGGAAGCUGAAAAGACACAAGAAUAAGGCAGAAACCAGGAAGAGAAAAAUUGAAUCCCUGCGUCCUAUGUACAAGGCCAAGCGGCAUCGAAGUAAUGCACUAAAAGAUUUGGCAAUGGUGGAAUGAAAAGGCUUUUCCUUCCUGGAGGAAUAAUUUAUGAAAAGUAAUACUGAGUUAAAAAACUAAUUGCUGUUUUAAAAAGUACUUGCAUAUUUCAAUUGUAUUUAUUAGUAUUUUGAUGUCCUUUUUCAUCAAGGAUCUUAUAUAAAAACUUCUAAAUUUUUUCCAAACCUGUAUAUUUACCAGAGCAUGUACAGUUGAAUGGGCAACAACUAUGAUAUUUUAUAUUAAAUUUUACUUCAUUUGUAAGAAAUUGGUUCUGUGAUGAUUGCAUUUCUGCCUGUGAACACACUGGUCUUGGAGAGACAAGUCUGCCUCCUAACUUUGAUUUGGCCUUCAGUUUCUGCAGCUAUACUGAGCUACUUACCUGUCACUUCUGGCUAAGAUCAGAGCGCAGGAACGACAGCUCGUGCAGGUGGAGGUUAAAUUGAAGUCACUGCCCUGGCACAUCUGGGCAGUAAUGUGUGCUGAAGACACUGGUUCUCCUUUCAGACACCCACUGAAGGCCACAUUGGCAGCCAGAGGUGCAAUACUUGUGCUCUCUCC